AUGGUGACGCCCUCAGCUCUUCUGCGCGGGUUGAGAAACCUCAUCGCCCCCAGGCGCGCCUCCUCGUCGUCUGAUGAGAACAAGGCCGCCAGCUCCAAGCCCCUGCGACCUACGGCCUACCUGGACGGCCUGCGUGGGUUCGCCGCCUUUAUGGUCUACUGGCAGCACCACGUGCUGUGGUCGCAUACCUUUGUGCCCGGCAGGAACCAGGAGAUCUUGGAGAAUGCCUGGGGCUGGAAUGGUCACUAUCACCUGGCCACCUUUUACGGCUUUCGCAUCUUCUUCACGGGCGGUCACCUCGCCGUGGCCAUCUUCUAUGUCAUCUCCGGCUACGUCCUCAUCCUCAAGGCCAUCCAGUUCAUUCAGGACCGCCAACCCACCCGCGUCGGCGAUGUCGUCGCGUCGUCCCUCUUCCGCCGCUGGUUCCGGCUGUACAUUCCGCUCAUCGUCACCACCUUUGUCUACAUUACGUCCUGGCACCUGUUUGGCAUACGCAACUCGCAGCUCGAGGCCAAGGAGACGUACGUCGCCGAGGUCUGGAACUGGUACGUCGAGUUCAAGAACUUCAGCUUUCUCUUCAAGGAGGGGCCCAUGUGGCCCUCGUACAACGGCCACCUCUGGUCCAUCCCGCUGGAGAUGCGCGGCUCCGUCAUCACCUACGUCACCGCCUUGACCCUCGCUCGCGCCACCACGAAGGCCCGCCUGCUCUGCGAGGUUGGCCUCAUCUUCUACUUCAUGUACGUGUGCGACGCCUGGUACGCCGCCGUCUUCAUGUCCGGCAUGCUGCAGUGCGACCUCGAUUUGCUCGCCCGCCGGCCCGAGCCCGACAGCGGCUUUCCUUCCUUCCUGCGCCGCCUCGAGCCCCAUAAGAAAAAAAUCUAUUCGUUGCUGCUCCUCAUCGCCGUCUACUUGGGCGGUGUCCCCGCCCACACCCGCGAGAUGGACGAUCUGCGCGCCAACCCUGGCUGGUACUGGCUUUCGUACCUCAAACCCCAGGCCGUCUUCGACCCCAAAUGGUUCUUUCUCGCCAUCGCCGCCAACUGCAUCGUUGCCGCCACCCCGCGCCUCCUUCCCCUGCGCCGCUUCUUCGAGGGCCGCUUCUGCCAGUACCUCGGCCGCAUCUCCUUCGCCCUGUACCUCGUCCACGGGCCUGUGCUUGUCGUCCUGGGCGACCGCGUCUACCAUGCUGUCGGCUUCGUGGCCCCCCACGAGGAGACGCGCGCCCUCAUGGCUGGCUGGGCCAACAAGGUCCCGCUGCCUAUUGCGGGCCCGCUGGGGCUGGAGCCGGCCUUCUUGUUGCCUAACAUUCUCCUGCUGCCCAUCACCCUGUGGCUGUCAGACUUUGUGACCAGAACGGUCGACGAGCCGUCGGUGCGGUUUGCCCAAUGGUUCUGGAAGUCCAUACAGCAGGACGAUCAGCACCCAUCGCCGAGAGCUGUAGAGAAUGGCAGGGCAUCUGGUCCUCAGGGAGUCGCAUGA